AUGGCUUUAGCCAUUAAUUUUUCAGCAGCAACUACACCAAUACUCGAAGAUGAGGGCGAAGAUGUUGUUGUUCCUACUUCUGGUUCACUAAGAGGGGUGAGUCGGUUCCUGGCCGCCCAACAGUCUACAACGAGGGGAUUGUUGAAAUGCAACAAGAACCCGAGACUAUGCAGGGCUAAAGGCAGCCCAGGUCCAGACUGCUGCAACAAAAAAUGUGUCAAUGUGAAGAGUGACAAACAAAAUUGUGGGCUUUGUGGGAAAAAAUGCAAGCACCAAGAAAUAUGUUGCAAAGGCAAAUGUGUGAACCUGAUGACAGACAAACGUCACUGUGGAGGAUGCAACAAUAGAUGCAAGAAAGGUAAUUCUUGCCGUUACGGAAUGUGCAGUUACGCUUAA